AUGUCAUCAUCCAUUUGUCAUGUGUUGACAUUACUUCUUCUUUUUGUUUUGAUGCAGGAACAUCCUACCCUUGCAAUUAAACAGUCCUAUAUUGUAUACUUAGGAUCACAUUCAUAUGGUCCAAAUCCUUCAUCAUUUGAUAUUGAAUCUGCCACAAACUCUCACUACGAUAUUCUUGGAUCUUACGUUGGAAGCACUGAAAAGGCCAAAGAAGCAAUAUUUUACUCUUAUAAUAGAUAUAUUAAUGGAUUUGCUGCAAUACUUGAUGAAGAUGAAGCAGCAAAGCUUGCAAAACAUCCGAGUGUAGUAUCAAUUUUCUUAAAUAAAAAAUAUGAAUUAGACACAACUCGAUCAUGGGAUUUCCUUGGGUUAGAGAGAGGCGGUGAAAUUCAUAAUGGUUCACUGUGGAAGAGAUCAUUGGGUGAAGACAUCAUUAUUGGAAAUUUAGACUCGGGUGUUUGGCCAGAAUCAAAGAGUUUUAGUGAUGAAGGAUUUGGGCCAAUCCCCAAAAAAUGGCGUGGAAUUUGUCAAGUUAUUAAAGGCAAUCCAGAUAACUUUCAUUGCAACAGGAAGCUUAUUGGCGCAAGAUAUUUUUACAAAGGCUAUAUGGCAGUGCCAAUUCCUAUUAGAAACCCAAAUGAAACAUUCAAUAGUGCCCGUGACAGUGUAGGUCAUGGUUCACAUACUUUAUCAACUGCUGGAGGAAAUUUUGUUGCUAAUGCAAGUGUAUUUGGCUAUGGAAAUGGAACAGCAAGUGGUGGAUCGCCAAAAGCACGAGUUUCCGCCUAUAAGGUUUGUUGGGGUUCGUGUUAUGAUGCAGAUAUUUUGGCUGGUUUUGAAGCUGCCAUAAGUGAUGGUGUUGAUGUGCUUUCAGUGUCUUUGAGUGGUGAUUUUCCUGUUGAAUUUCACGAUAGCAGUAUUUCCAUAGGGUCUUUCCAUGCAGUUGCCAACAACAUAAUUGUUGUGGCUUCUGGAGGUAAUUCAGGACCUUCUUCUAACACUGUAGCAAACAUGGAACCGUGGAUCCUCACAGUUGCUGCAAGCACAAUUGAUAGAGACUUCACAAGUUAUGUUGUACUUGGUAACAAGAAAAUACUCAAGGGAGCUAGCCUUUCAGAGUCUCACUUACCACCUCAUAAGUUGUUUCCAUUGAUAAGUGGUGCAAAUGCCAACGUUGAUAAUGUAUCUGCCGAACAAGCCCUUCUUUGUUUGAAUGGGGCUCUUGAUCCUCAUAAGGCACAUGGAAAAAUAUUGGUAUGUCUUGAAGGUGAAAAUAGUAAACUUGAAAAGGGCAUAGAAGCUUCUCGAGUAGGUGCUAUUGGAAUGAUCUUGGUUAUUGAGAGGGAGUCAGGGGGAGAAGUUAUAGCUGAUGCUCACGUGCUUCCAGCUUCAAAUGUUAAUGUUACCGAUGGAAGUUACAUUUUUAAUUACGCCAAUAAAACCAAGUUUCCUGUGGCAUACAUUACAGGAGUUAAAACACAAUUGGGUAUAAAGCCAACUCCAUCUAUGGCUUCAUUUUCAUCAAGAGGCCCAAGUUCCCUUGAGCCUUCAAUCCUCAAGCCUGACAUUACAGCACCAGGAGUCAACAUAAUUGCAGCUUAUAGUGAAUCUACAUCUCCUUCACAAAGUGCAUCCGAUAAGCGCAUAAUUCCUUUUAUGACUAUGUCAGGCACUUCAAUGUCAUGUCCACAUGUUGCUGGACUUGUUGGUCUGCUUAAAUCUAUUCAUCCUGAUUGGAGUCCAGCAGCUAUCAAGUCAGCAAUCAUGACCACAGCAACAACAAAAGACAAUGUUAGAGGGUCUGCAUUGGAAUCAUCAUUAGCCGAAGCAACUCCGUUUGCAUAUGGUGCAGGACAUAUUCGACCUAAUCAUGUGGCGGAUCCUGGACUUGUAUAUGACCUAAAUGUUAUUGAUUAUUUGAACUUUUUAUGUGCUCGUGGAUACAACAAUAAACAACUUAAACUGUUCUACGGAAGACCUUAUACUUGUCCAAAAUCUUUCAAUAUAAUAGAUUUCAAUUAUCCAGCCAUCACAAUUCCUGACUUUAAAAUUGGACACUCUUUGAAUGUUACUCGUACUGUAACCAAUGUUGGCUCCCCAAGUACUUAUAGAGUUCGCGUCCAAGCACCCCCAGAAUUUCUAAUUUCAGUUGAGCCUAGGAGACUGAAAUUUAGGCAAAAGGGUGAAAAAAUUGAGUUCAAGGUUACAUUUACUUUGAGGCCACAAACUAAGUAUAUAGAAGAUUACGUCUUCGGGAGGUUGGUUUGGACUGAUGGAAAACAUAGUGUAGAAACUCCUAUUGCAAUAAAUAUUCACAUUAGUAAGGUUUAG